AUCCUUCUUAUUAGACCGAAGAUGAGGUUGUGUGAUAAUGGAAACUAUCGAGAGUCGAGAUGGUUCACAGAAUGGAGAAAGCCUCGCGAGGUUGAGGACGAUUACUUGCCGCGCAUAAUCGCGACCUACACCGGACAGAGUGUGGUUGCGUUUGGUGAUGCUGUCUCGCAACUAGAGAUACCUGUAUUGGAUAUGAAAUAUGUGAAGAGCUAUGGAAUCCAGCCAGCUCACACAUUCCAAUGUGCCAAGAUGGCGUUGAGUUGAUAGUGAACGGUUCCGGGUCCUACAUGGAGUUGAGGAAAGCUUAUAUUACUGUCGAUCUUAUCAAAUCGGCUACUUUCAAGGCAGGUGGGCUACCUGUUUAGCAACCUGAGAGGAUGU